AUGACCGACAGGAGCCCGGACGAGCCAACCGCCACCUCGACGACCCACUCUUCCUUCUCUUCCUCUUCUUCUUCCUCUGCACCCUCCUUGAAGGCCCUACCUCGUCCCAUUUCUAUCCGCCACAGCCAGUCCUAUGACCCGUCCCCGUCGAGUCCCUUCCGCCCGCGCAAGAGCCUCACCCCCUCACGUUCCUCCAACUCGCUGAGCCUGCUCUCCCCUACAAGUCCCUCCCACCCGCACCUUUACAACAGCAACGCGCCUAAUACUUCUUCAGAUGCCUCCCACGAAUACGAGCUUCGGUCUCAAGUCUCGCCCUUGCGCACCUCGCCCUUCUCAAACCCCUUCAGGAAAUUGCAAAGCACGUUUGGAGGGGGCAAAAAGAGUCUUGACCUCGGCAACAGUAAUGGUCCUCUGAGCAGCAGCAAUAACAACAGCGAUUACUUUAAUAGCUCACAGCCAAGGCCUGAAAAGGUUGUUUCGUCUUCUUCUUCUGCGAGCUCUUUGAACUCGUGGAGGUCCAAGGGGGCAGAGAUCCUUUCAAAGUCCUGGGGGCGGUCAAGAAAGAAUUCGGAACCACUGUUGAGCAAUACCCCAGGUCCCAUGUCCAGCCAGCCGAUCUUUGGCGCAAAACUUGAAGAGGCCAUCCGGAUCUCGCAUAUCCCCGACACGCCCAUGGUCCCCGCUGUCUUGCAUCGUUGCGCACAGUUCCUUGAGGCCAAGGGUGUCGAUGAAGUGGGACUCUACCGUGUCCCUGGGAGCCAUGCGAAUGUUCAAAAGCUGAAGCGGAUGUUCGACACGGGAAAGGACUAUAACCUCCUGACCAUGGAUGCAAUCGAUGCCAACGACAUUGCCACACUUCUCAAGCUGUACCUGCGUGAACUGCCCUCACCAUUGCUCCCACCUACCUUGCUGGAGCAGUUCCAGUCAUUACUCACGACAGAUCGACACAUCUGCCAUACCCUCCGUGGUAUCCUCAUUCGACUCCCUCGGCCCAACUAUGUUGUUUUGUCCUAUCUUUGCCACCAUCUCUCCAAAAUCGCCUCUCACUCUGACAAAACAAAGAUGACUGUCUCCAACCUGGGUGUCGUCUUUGCACCAACUCUUUCCAUCGGCAGCGUGCUCUUCAAGGCCUUGCUCGGUGGAUUUUAUGAUGGCGCGGAUACCCCCGAGAACAUGGAAAAGGGCCUCAAGAUUGUAUGGGGCGGACUGCUGCAGGAUAUCGGUUACGAUUGGCCCAAUGAUAACGAAGAUGGCAACCACCGAGACGAGUCAGGAUUAUCUAACGGCGAGAAGAUGGAAUACCAGGAUCCAUCAGGGUUAUCCCAACAGCAGCCUCAGCACUGGAUUCGCCACCAACAGUCCCUGCCGACCAUGUCACCUUUCAGUGACCACUAUACCAAUGGUCAAUCUUACCAUCCUGUUACGCAUCAGGGCAUUGGCCCUCUUGACCCCAGCCCACCUCCGUCAGCGGAGGCCUCCACCCGCCAUGCGACAAAUGACUCGGACGAGGAGACGAAAUUAAUGCAGGAAAUGUUACUCAAGGAGGAGAUGGCUACCAAUAUUGGGUCUAUGGAGAUUCCGCAUUCUACAGGACAGAAUAACCUUACGCCCGUUUCUUCUGUCGACAAUACUCAGCCACCAUCCCACACGACCUUGACUGCAGAAGCCAUGCCCGACCACUUGACGACGACAUCUUCGACGACGAGCAGUGCUCCUCAGGGGUCCGCCGGUCAAAACUCGUCGUCAUUCAUGGCGGCGAUACCCGUUGCAAGUUUCGACAAGCCAUUGCCAUUGCAUAUUACUACCACCACGGGCAACAUGUCCAAUACCCUACCUAGAUCGGCCGACAAGGUUGCCUCUCCAGGGUCACCUCUGGAUGGCCCUUCGGUCCUUCGUAGUGCGACUGGAGCGCCCCAACUGCCAUUAUUUGAUAGCAUUUCAGCAUUGUGA